AUGGCCAGUUAUUCAGACCCUCAUAAUCACCCUACCCAAGGCACCACCACCAACAACAAAAGCCCCAUUUCUUCUCUUCCCAACUCCACCACCAGCACCACCGCCAACGACUGCGCCACCACCUCUGACACUAAAACUAGUACUAAUAGGAGGCCCAAAGGCACAGGAGGACCCGACAAUAGUAAGUUCAAAUACAGAGGAGUGAGACAGCGCAGUUGGGGCAAGUGGGUGGCUGAGAUCCGAGAGCCCCGAAAACGUACUCGCCGGUGGCUAGGCACCUUCGCCACCGCUGAGGAAGCAGCCAGUGCGUAUGACCGCGCCGCCAUUAUACUUUACGGCUCAAGGGCUCAGCUCAACCUCCAACCUUCCGGCGGUGGCGGGCCAUCCAACUCCUCCUCCUCCCGCCGUGGUUCUUCCUCCUCCUCUUCCACUCAAACGCUCCGCCCUUUACUUCCUCGCCCCUCCGGCUACGGUCAAAUCUUCACCUCUUCCACAACCGCUGGGUACCUACCGUACGGUCACUAUCCCACCUUACAGAACCCUAACAUGGUGCAAAGUUUUCAACAAUUACUUCAUCAGCAACUGCAACAAAAUCAAUUUGCACCGUUUGAUGAAGAUGUUAAGGUCGACCCCACAAUAGCCACCACAUCUUAUCCACACCCAAAUCAUGUUGAUGUGAAUUGUGUGUACGAUGAUGUCAAACCUAUUGUUGGGUCGAGCUUGUGUUUGCCAACUGAACCUGUUGUUGCACCGGCGCUGUCAGAUCCGACGGUGGACGGAGGGCCAGAGUCACCGGCGCUGUGGCCGUUGAUAAAAGACGAGGAGUACCCACCGGCUAACAUGUGGGAUGAUGGAGACCCUUCCCUUUUUGAUUUUUGA